AUGGCACUCGAUGCAACCGAUGCUCGAUUCAUGGACGAGCUUUUCGCCGAUCUCGACGCUUCGCACUUUUCGAUGCCUCCAUCGCAGAGCCCGCCAAAAAAGAAGCAACCUUUUCCUCCGUCAUCAUCGCAGCAGCUCAGGGUAUCUCCGUGCCGCAAUGGUACCUCGUCUCGUCCGAAAGCAAAGCAUGCCAGGUCUCCACUCAAAGACUCAACCCUCUUCCAGUCACAGUCGAUAGCUGAGCUUGACCUCGAAGACUUUUUCCGAUCGCCAUCGGCGACACCAACGAGCACGGUCCGCCGUAUCGUCUCUGCUUCCGGUACAAAACGCCAAAAGAUCGAUUCAAUACAUUGCUCUUCCAUUCCGACUUCAACAUCGGCCAAACGUGCAGAAUCGAACACAAACAGCGCUGCAUCUUGGGCAAACAGCCAAGCACGCCAACGGUGCAGCUACGCACGGGCUCGUGUCUUGGCCGUAGUAGACAGCUCCUAUGAAGUGGCCAUCGACGGUGCAGGUUCUUCAAUGCGAACACGCCCAGAGAAGCUGUUGGUGCUGGAGACCGACACACGCAGCAGCAAUGCCAAUCAAACCUGUCCAUCAAAAGGCGACAACGGUAAAGACGCUCCCAAUCAACCGGCAGAGACAUUACUCGCUUCUCUGCGCGACGACUGGCUGCAAACUUUUGUAACCGUUAGCAGCAUUGUCCACCUUGUCGGUCGUUUCGAAGAGGAAACGAGCAAGGUCCCCGUCAAUUUGGACCAGCAACGUGAAUCAAACAGCAAGCCACCGCAGGGUUCUACGCCAAAGCUGGAGACGGGGAUAGCACGGCCCGUGGAUCAACAUGCUCAGCCACUCGCAGAUCUCGAUGAAGAGGACGACGAUCUAUGGGAUGACCUCGCAUCCAUGCCAUCGCUUUCUCAAUGCGCCACGCAAGAGUUGCUCGCCUCGGACGAUGCGCCUAGAGCUAGGAUUAUGGUCUUUGCCUCGCGUUCUGCUGCCGUCAAAAUCUCAGAAAGAUGCGACCAUGCGCUUGACAACCUCUUGGUCGUCCAUCCUGAUAUUCUAGUGCCAGCGACCAAGGUCGCGGAUGUCGCGUCCUGUAUUCGAAGGCCGGUUGUCCAGGAUCGAUUGCGAGGUGCGUCCGACGUGACCCUCAGCCUGGUUAUGGGAAACAUGCUCCACGAAGUGUUACAAGCAUGUCUCACAGCGUCGCCCUCGGACCGUGAUGUAGAUGAUGGUAAGCCGCAAGGCGCAAUAGAUGCGUCUACGUCAACAUCGACAUCCACAUCUCCUUGGCCCGAACAGUGGCGAGGCAUUGGCAACUUCAGCAAGAACUUUGUGGAAAAGCAGGUGGAGCAACAGGUGCGGUCCAAUAUAGAGAGCCUGUAUGCCAUCGACCUCAGCGCGGAUGACGCCAUGGUUCAGCUGCGAGAGAAGGCGGCUCCUUUUGCUCACUUCGCUCGUACAUUCUUGCUCCAGGAAGACGAUACAACGUUCCAUCCAGAAGCAAUACUGAGAGAGUCGGGCCGGUCGUCUGCUGCGUCUGCGACAAAACUGCGUCUCAGACAGAUUCUCGACGUCGAGGAAGAGAUAUGGAGUCCUGUGUAUGGGCUCAAGGGCAAGGUCGAUGUGUCUGUCGAGUGCGAUAUUCUCGAACCCGAGUCUUCCGCGUCAAAGUCGGCUGCGGCUUCACGCAAACAGGUGUUUUCGCGCGGCGAUCAGAGCGGGACAUCGAGCGAUUUGCAAUCGGAUCGCCGCGUGACGACCUCGGUGGUGCCUCUGGAACUCAAGACGGGCCGCGCAGAGGUCGUGUCGACCGAACAUCGCGCUCAGACCAUGCUGUAUACCCUCAUGAUGUCGGACCGCUACGGCGUGCGCGUCAACGACGGUCUGCUCUACUACUCGAAAUCUGGCGGGCUGCAUCGGAUCAGUCGAAGUCGCAACGAGGUGCGCAGUCUCAUUAUGGGUCGUAACGAAUUGGCUCAUUAUCUUCGCCAGGAUGGAAGUCGACUUCGAAAGUCCGAGCUUGCGGAACAAGAGGAGGAGUUCGCGCCAGUGCUGCCGCCAACCAUCGACAGCGAACACAAAUGUAGACGAUGCUACGCGGUGGAUGGAUGCAUGCUCUUUCGUCGUGCUGUGGAGAAUGUCGUCGAGCCGUCCGAGGGCAAGGUUGUGGAUAUAGAGGAUAGCAUUGCGCCUAGGAGAGGGAAAGUGUUGUCCAGGAGAACCCCGAUUGCCGACGUCUUUGAACAAAAGACCGACCACCUCACGGACGCCCAUCUCGACUUCUUCCGCAAGUGGGACCGGUUACUCAAUCUGGAAGAGGAGGACGCCGUGCGCAUCCGCAGGGAGAUGUGGACCAUGACAGCAGUUCAGCGCGAGAAGGUCGGUCGCUGUUUUGGAGAUAUGCGGCUUGAUGUCCAGCCGGCAACUUAUUCGCCGGUAGCUUCGAGGUCGAUGCGGAAGGUUGUGCACAGGUUUGUGCGGCAUCAGGGAGUGACGCGGGGCGCAGAGGCCGGUCUGCUUUCGGGUCACAUCACGGUUAACGAUCCGGUGACGAUCUCGAUCGAGCCAGACAUGCUGUCGGUUGCGCAGGGGUUUGUGGCCAACCUCACGCCGACUAGUAUUGAGAUUGGGCUCGAUCAUUCGCUCGAUGCGGCGAUGCGGAGGGCGCUGGUCAAAAGCCACACGAUCACACAGGAAGAGCCGUUCGACAUGGCAGCCGCGGCAGACCGCACCGUGUUCCGCAUCGACAAGGACGAGCUCGGCAGCGGCAUUGGUCGCAUCCGGGCGAACCUCGCUGCAUUGUUCAUGACGCCGCAGAGAGGCGGGGAUGUCAAACGCCGCGAGCUGGUAGUAGACAUGCGAGCGCCUCGAUUUAUGCCUGCGGAACAAGUACACGAGUCGUUCCAAACCGGAAUGGGGCACGGGUCGGCGCAGCAAGUUAUUGAUGACGCCCAUGCGGAUGCGAGCCUCAACGACGAUCAAAAGGUGGCGAUGGACAAGGUGCUCACGGCGCAAGAUUAUGCUCUGGUGCUAGGCAUGCCCGGCACAGGCAAGACGACGACGAUAGCGAAGCUCAUUGAGGUGCUUGUCAAGCUGGGCAAACGCAUUCUACUCACGAGUUACACGCAUUCGGCUGUCGAUACGAUCCUGCGCAAGCUCGGUGAGGAUCCGAAGGACGGGAUGCGAAUCCUGCGGCUGGGAAGCAAGGAGAAAGUGCACCCCGAUGCGCACCGGUUUCUUCUCCCGCGAUGUACGAGUCUGGAAGAGCUCAGGCAUGCGUUCGAAUCGCCCAACGUGGUGGCAGCAACGUGUCUCAGCAUGCACCAUACGUUUUUCUCCUCGGGUCUCGCCAAGCUGCGUAGCCGCACCGAGGACGCUUCGCCGGCGUAUCUGUUCGACUACUGCAUCGUGGACGAAGCAUCGCAGAUCCCAUUGCCGACGUGUUUAGGCCCGCUUCAGUUUGCGGACAAGUUCGUGCUGGUGGGAGAUCACCACCAGCUGCCGCCGCUGGUGAAGAAUGCGGAGGCCAAAGCGGGCGGGUUAGACGUAUCGCUCUUCAAGCUGUUGUCGGACCGACACGGGAAGGAAGCGAUGGUGGCAUUGAGAUCGCAGUACAGGAUGAACGACCACAUUAUGCGGCUGUCGAAUCACUUGGUGUAUGGGGGCCAGUUGAGGGCCGGCAGCGAGAGUGUCAGGGAUCGCACGUUGAUUCUGCCCCGUUUGGGUGUCCUAAGAGCGGUAGAGGAGAGAUGGAUGAAGACGUUGCUCCAGCCGGAGACGAAGGUAAGACUUCUCGACACAUCCAAGCGCUCACUGAGCGAGGUCGCGGAGAGCAAGCAUGGGGAGCUGGUUAAGAAUACGUUUGAAGCAGAAAUGGUGGUGAAAAUCGUACAGACGUUGAUGGACGGUGGGUGCGAGGGCGGUCAGAUUGCGGUAGUCACGCCCUAUAGGCAGCAGUUGAAGCUGGUGCGCUCGCUAAUGAUGGUACAGCAGCAGGAGGGGGAACAGGGAGGAAUGGAUGACGUCGAGCUGUUGACCGCCGAUCAGAGUCAGGGCAGAGAUAAGGAUGUGAUCGUCGUUACGUUUACUAGGGCCAACUACGCGCCGGUCGUGGACAUCGCUGCCAAGACAGGUCCCUGCACUGCUGCCGACACGACUUCCAACGCAGCGGGUGACGACACGUUCACAUCUCCCGCGGCUGCUGUCUCCGCUCCGGCUUCGGCCGGCAACACAGGCGAACUCCUCAACGACCUCCGCCGACUCAACGUCACCCUCACUCGCGCCAAACGCAAGCUCAUCCUCAUCGGACACUGCGCGACGCUGGAAAGCUCCUCGGUGCUCAGCCCGCUUUUGCGGCUGCUGAGGAGCCUGGAUUGGGUCGACGAAGUCUAA